GGGGGCGGAGGAGCAGGGGGGGCAUCACAAGAAUACAAAGGGACCGGAGGAACAGACAAGGGACAGACGUGGCGGUGGAGGUCCGUGGGCGGGGCUUCCGUCCCAGCCUCGUGGAACCACUCCCCUAAACCCGUGGCAGGGAGCUGGAGCCACCAGAGAACCUCCUCCACCUCGAACCCCCCCCCGCCCGCCACACCACAGACGGAGGCCGCACCAGUCAAACCUCUUCACAGACACUGGGAGUCCUCUCCUUUCUGCAGUACCUACCCACAGCCACCGGGGGUCAGCGCAGCCUUCGACUUCUCCGUGAUGUCCUACAACAUCCUGUCCCAGGAGCUGCUGCAGGACAACGACUACCUGUACAAACACUGCGACCCCGCCGUCCUGCCCUGGGAGUACCGGCUGCCCAACCUGCUGACAGAGAUCCAGCAGCUCGACGCCGACAUCCUGUGUCUGCAAGAAGUCCAGGAGGACCACUAUGAAAACCAGAUUAAACCUGCUCUACAGAGACUAGGUUACCAGUGUGAGUAUAAGAAGCGGACAGGAAGGAAACCAGACGGCUGUGCUAUCAUCUUCAAGUCGUCCCGCCUCUCCCUCCUCUCCUCCAAUCCCGUUGAGUUUUUACGCCCCAGCGACGCCCUCCUCGACCGGGACAACGUUGGACUGGUUGUGCUGCUUCGACCUAACCACGCCUCCAACCAGUCGGAUCCCUCCGCCUUCAUCUGUGUCGCCAACACGCACCUCCUCUACAACCCCCGCCGCGGCGACAUCAAGCUGGCCCAGCUCGCCAUCCUGUUGGCCGAGAUCAGCCGGCUGUCCCGCCUCCCAGACGGGUCGACUAAUCCCGUUGUGCUCUGCGGGGAUUUUAACUCCACCCCCUGGAGUCCACUGUACAGCUUCCUGACCACUGGCUGCCUGGACUACAGAGGACUACCGAUCGGCAUGGUGUCUGGUCAGGAGAAUGUUCCCAGAGCUCAGCGUCUCCUCACGUCUCCAAUCUGGUCUCAGAGUUUAGGAAUCAACCACCAGUGUCAGUACGAGAACCGACCCACAGCUGACUCCUCCCCCACCUGUCCCUCAGCUGUCUGUGUCACAGCUGUGGAGGGCGCCAUCUCUAAUCUGACUGUAGAAGAUCUCUCCACCAAAGCUGCUGUCGCCUUCCACAGAGCGAGGAUCGAGCAUGGCCUGAAGCUGCAGUCGACCUAUCAGCAUCACCUGAUGCCUGAUGGGAGACCUGAGAUCACCACCUGUCACUCCCGCACGGCCAUUACUGUGGAUUACAUCCUGUUCACUCCCGAAGUCACCUCCCCUCCCUCGUGUCCUGGUGGCGGCGGCGGCCUCCAGCUGCUGGGCAGACUGUCGUUGGUCGGCCAGCCGGAGCUGCAGGAGGUCAACUCUCUGCCCAAUCAGCAUCACUCGUCCGACCACCUCCCUCUCCUCGCUCGCUUCCGCUUCCGGCGCUGACCUGGGCGGGGGAGGGGGGUCGUCGGACAUCGAUCAGAACGGCUCUCACGGCUCGUUAGCUGUUAGCCUCGGCGGCUAACGGUGCAGCUCCGAGAGGACGGACACAAACAUCUGUUAGAUGCUGAGACUGAGACGUGAAGGAAGAAGAAACUGUAAUAUCACGAAGACAAUCUGUGGGAACAAAAACUGCUGCAGACGUUUUAAAAAUACAAAUAUUUUAAUGCAGAUUGAAAAUCUACGGUUCAAUUAAAUCUUACGUUAGAAAUAAAAACUACAGCCAGAUGAUUUUAUUCUUUGUAUCGUUCAGAUGAAUUAUUGAUCGCUGUCACAUGGAUUGUUUCAGUUUAGUGACGCUGAAGUCCUGAUGCUAAAAUGUCUUUGUAAAUAACUGGACUAAGAAAAUCCUGGUUUUAAAGUUUUACUUGAAUAUAAUCUUAAAACACUGAUGGAUAUAUUUUUCUAUCAUUUUGGAAGGAGGUGUUUGCCGGUGUUGGAAAGUUUACAGAUUGUAAAUAAAAGAGU